AUGUGGAGAGUCCUAGGGUCGACGGCUGCACUCGCUGGGGCAGCUGCCGCGAUUCGCAGUGCUUCGUUAACAACUGCGGCGCCCAAGUGCCGCGUCCCUUACUCGUUGACCCGCAACGACUCCGACCCCAUCGGGGCAUGCUCCAGCGACCUACAGGUCAUCGGGGGUGUGCCAGAGGUUAUCCAUGAGAGUGCCAUAACUCCCACUGGCAUCGCGGUGGACCCCGAGCACAACAUCUUCAUUACGUACGCCCGCAACAUGGACAUGAAGAAUGACACCAUGACGAAGGCCACGUCUUUCACAGAAGAGAUCCCAUGGCCCUCUGAGCAGUGGCAGAACUGUGCAGAGGGCCAGAACGCCUCCACCUGUUUUAUCAAUGUGCAGAACGUCGUGCUUGACUCCGUUGGUGGCUGGUGGGUGAUCGAUUCUGGUGUUCCAAACGGCGCUGCAGUGCCAGUACCCGACGGGCCGAAAGUCAUCAACUUCAACUACACCACCGGCGAGGUCAUCCGGACCUACAUCUACCCGGUGGACCAGUGGUUCGCCAAGCUGCAGCUGAACGACAUGAGGGUCAACAACACCCUCGGACCCAGUGGCUACGCCUUCAUCACAGAGGAUACCCAGUACGGUUCCAUCAGCACCCUGGACCUGGGAACAGGCGAGUUUAUCCGCCACCUUUACAACACGACAUUCACCCGCCCCGACGAGAGGUUCACCUCCAUGUACAACGGCGAGCCGAUCCGCAACUGGAACGGCACCAAGCCGUCGUACAUGAACUCUGGUACGAACGGUAUCGCCCUGGCCUCCGGAAACGCCUACUGGGGGGUCAAGUCCUCCCACCGCUGGUACUUCGUCUCCCAGGAGGCACUGAUCAGCGGCCUCACCGACGAGGAGCUGGCCGCGAGGGUCCAAGUCCCCGGCAACAUACCCUCGGAGCAGGCGGGCUUCACCGCCGACGACAGGGGCCGUGUCUACACCAUGGCAUCCGAGCAAAACGCCAUCCUGUACGUCGACACCCUCGAGUCCGAGGUCACAGACCCGGCCACCGCCGUCCCCGCCGACGGCUCCGGCGUCGUGCCCGCGGAGAACCUCGCCCACAAGACUCUCAUCCGCAGCGGGCUGGUUCAGGCCGCAGACACGGCAUGUAUCCUUGACGGGUGGCUGUACUUCAGCACCAACCAGCAGGGCCUGGCCCCGAUGAGGCAGUACAACAACGUCGACCGACGGAGGGGGCCGUUCAGGAGCUACCGGUACUGGAUCGGCAGGGGUCCGGCUGUUUAG